AUGGACGGAAUCACCGCACCUAGCCCUCGCGUUGCAAUAGUCACUGGCGCGGCCCAAGGCCUUGGGGAAGCCAUCGCGUUGCGACUUGCCGAUGACGGUUUCGACGUCGCCGUCGCUGGCAGUACCCGCAAUCCCGAGAGACUCGAUGCCGUUGUCGCAUCCAUAAUGGCGAAAGGAAGGAGGGCGAUCGCUAUCACCGGAGACGUUAGCCGUGAGGCCGACAUUGUCUCCUUGGUGGAGAAGACCGUUAGCGAGCUUGGUGGGGUCGACGUAAUGGUCGCGAACGCAGCUAUAUUCCGGCAGACUUCUCUCGUAGAUUUGACCGUAGAAGAAUGGGACGAGCAUCUCGGAGUAAACGCACGAAGUGUCAUGUUGUGUUUCAAGCACGCUGCGAGACAAAUGAUCAGGCAGGGCCGCGGCGGUCGCAUCAUAGCGAUCGGUUCGACCUCUUCCAAGAAAGGGCACAUUAGUGUUUCUGCCUACGCUGCAUCGAAAUUUGCGAUUCGGGGACUGGCUCAGUGCGCAGCACUCGAACUGCGGAAGUAUAACAUCACCGUCAAUACUGUCGCGCCCGGUUCCAUUGCAACCAAGAUGACGGUUCAUCCUGAUGAUGAAGUGAACGGAGGUCCCUGCUCUACGAUGCACAAGAACGCCCACGUUCCCCUCGAUACCCCUGUGGGACAUCCUUCCGAUGUCGCUGCACUCGUGUCGUACGUGGCUGGUCCGGAAUCCGGCUUCCUCACAGGUCAAUGUAUUGGAAUCAACGGAGGUUAUCACUUGGACUGA